CCGGGGGACCGGGAAGGAACGGAAGGAACCGGAGACACUACGGCGGCCGGGAGGGUCAAGACUAACACAGACACACAGAGACGGGGAAGUGAAUACAACAAGACGAGAAGAAGGUCUCUGAAGUAGCAGCAAGUUCUUAUCGGUCUCUUCAAAUUAUGGCUGGUGUUGUGGCAAUGGCAUCUGUCAUUGAGGACUUUGACACACAGCCUUGCAAGAAAUCUCGCAAAGAUGGUGGCAGUCCUGUUGUCAAGACAAUCACAAACUAUUUCUCUCCCGUGCCCAAGCCUGUGGAGAAACCCUUUUCACCUCCUCGCUCCAACAACAUCAGGGACUACUUUAGCCGGAAGGCUCCGUCCUCUAAAGAAAAGACCAGCUCACCUGAGCAGUCGAAAGAGAACUGUCAGACGUCUCAGACGCUUGCAGAAAAACACGCCAGCGCGGAUGCAGCGGUGAAACCGGCGUCUCAGAAACUUAGGAGGAAGACCAGCAAAGCUGCAAGAAAACUUUUGGAGGCUGAAACUGUAAGCUCCACAGAGGAUUGUUUGAUUGUAGAUGAACCACAUGAUGGCAGAGACUCAGCAGCAGAAGCAGUCAGCAGCUGCAGUGUUCUUGGCAGUGAUACAGCGGUCCUGAUGGCCCAGCUUACUGCUGAGGCUUGUAUCACUGAGGGAAACUCAGAGAGGAACUCCUCUAAGACUGUCAGGGUUGAGCAGACUGAAGAAGAUGCUUCCAAAUGUGGGAAAGGUGUCAGACUUAAUCCAGUACUGAACGGUAUUGAAUUAUCUCCAAUUGUACCUUCAAAAGAUAAAGCAAAAAAAGUCAAAACUGUUGCAGGAAAUUCUAGGAAGGCAAAACAUUCAGAGCCAGAGGAGGAAGAGAAAGAGAGCUCCUUGUAUGAUGUUAGUAUGGAGGUCAAUGUGGAUGAAGCCUCUCAGUUGAACAACAGCACCGUCACAAUCUCCUUUGAAGAUUUUGUGCGGAGUCAGAGCCAGGGUGAGGAUGAAGAUGACGUAGAAGACGUACAGGACAAAGAAGAUGAAAGGAAAAUCACAGAAGAAAUGGACACCGACCAGUUGGACAUCCCUAAAGCUGAAGAAAAUAUUGGUUCUGGGGAGUCACCUUUCCAAAUCUCACCCCGAACUGUCACCAUCCAGGCUGAAGUGCAUGUAGUCUCACCCAAGCAGGAAGCAGCCAUGGCGGGGGGAAAGUUAGCUUCUAUCUUCAACAGGAGAAAAGGGGCGAUGAGCCCUGCAGAGGCGGCGUCGUCUCCUCACGUAGAGGCUGGACACCAUCUCACUUCUACUUCUCUGAACGUCAAGCGUAAAUCCAACGUGGUUCUUCAAGAGGAAGAUCUAGAGCUGGCUGUGCUUGAGAGUGAAUCCGUGCCCAAGUGCACCGAAGUGGAGAGGAAGCAGUUCAUGUCUGCCUUCAAACAGCCCAGUCUGGAUGGGUCCAAAACCAAGCCUGGUAAGAGCCAGGGCAAACCGAAGCAGCCGGGAGCUUUGGAUGAUGCAGACAAAGCUGCUGAAGAAGACGCUGUAAGUCCACCCUCUGUUGAGGAAGUCCCUGCUGCCUCUCAGGAAAGCAAAGUAGCUAAAAAGAAACCUGUGAGAAAAGGCAGAAAGAAAGCUAAAGAAGAAAAGGAGGCAGUCACCACUCCUGCUGCUGCUGCGGAAGAAACAGUUGUUGUUGAAGUUAAUGAUAAAAGAGAGGAGCCUCCCAUCACCUCGACUCCCUCCAUCCCGGCGGCGAGGAGGUCGAGAAGAGAGGCUGUAGUCAGACAAGCACCUGAGGCCACACCAGCAACCCCGAUCAGAGAAACCAGGAGACGCAACAAGUCGAAGGACGCUGCUGCUGCUGCUGCUUCACCUGAUGACAGCGUUGCAGAGAUGACAACCCCAAAGAUGCGCAGGUCCAAACGCAGAGUCUUCGUAGCAGAGAUGGUGUCCCCAACUGAAGGAAAAGAAAGUCCAAUCAGGAUUAAAUUCACUAGAGUCCAUAAAAAUGUUUCCUUGACCAAGGCUGAAAGUGGAAGUUGCUUAAACACAUCUUUUGCUGCGAAAACAUCAAAUGACUCUAAAAAAAGGAGGCAGGCAAAGAAGUUGGUGGAGAAAGCCAAAGUGAUUCAGCAGAAUAAAAAAACUGCCGUCAAGGAGAAGAGCACCUUACGGCGUUCGUCACGAACUGAGAUGUCCACGAAGAAAAGCUACUGUGAAGACGAGGACUCUGUCAUCUGCCUGGGGGAGGACCAGACGGCACCAGAAAAGAGUAAAACCCAGAAGCCUUUACGCACUCUGAAUGAAGUUCUGGGAAAAGCCACAUCUGUUGGUAAAGAGAGUAAGACUGUCCCAGGCUCCAAAGGGGGGAAGAUGUCGGGGGUGAUUUCCAUCUUUGAUGACAGCAGCUCUGAAAACUCCCAGGAUGAUGAGCAGUUCAAGGCCCGCAGGGAGUUCUUGAAGAGCGGCCUGCCGGAGACCUUCAGGAAACAGAUCGCCAAGACCGCUGCCACCAGGGAGGCCUUCUCUCUCUCCUGUUCCUCCUUUCAACCAGUUAUUCACAUGAGCCAACCAUCAAACGAUUGCCCUCUUUGGAGUCUACUCUGGCCUGAGUCUUCGUUACUGCGUCAUCUGAAAGAGGUUUGGUGCCAAACAUCCAGCUCACCUCCACCUGUUAGUGGCUCCCUUUGUGUGAAGACAGAACCGGCCCGUAGAGCCUUUUGUGAACGGGGUUCUGGCUUUAGGCCGGAGAUCUCAGAAAGUGUCAGCCGGCUUCUACUGGAGGAGGUCAGCACCUCUAACCCUCCCUUCCCUGUUCAGAUGUUCAUCACUCGCUUCCUGAAGAGACGCGCUGAGCACCAGCAGCAGAGCGCCGCCUCAGAACCAGAAGCUUUCACAAGCACCACACUGCCAGCUGAACCAGUAGGAGGGAAGAGGAAGAGGACGGAUGAAAACGGGGAAAUGACGGUGAAGGUGGCGAAGAAGCAACGGGGCAACUGUGCAGAAGAAGAAAAAGAUCCCGAGCCUGAGCCAACAAGAAGGGGAGGCCGUACGAGACGAGCUCGGAGAUCGAGGCCAGAGGAGAAAGACCAGCCUUCAGUCAAACCUGCUCCCAUCCCGUCUGAAGAUGACUCCGUGGUUGUGAUCGGUGACUUGCUUUUGGGAGAGAACGCUGGAAAAAAAGAUGUGGUGAAGGAGGACGUGUUAUGGACAGACAAAUAUCAGCCCCAGCACUCCAGCGACAUCCUAGGCAACACCGCCUCAGUGAGGAGGCUGCACAGCUGGCUAAAGGAAUGGAAACUCCGUACAGACCGAGAGGAGAGGAAAAGGCAGAAAGACAAAAAACAAGAGGAAGGCAGCAAUGACUCAGACUGGGACUGCGGAGAAGAGGACUCCCAGGAUGGAGAGGACAUGUUGUGUAAUACGAUGCUGAUCACAGGACCUACCGGAGUAGGAAAGACUGCUGCAGUCUAUGCUUGUGCCCAGGAGCUCGGCUUCAAGGUGUUUGAGGUGAAUGCUUCAUCUCAGCGGAGCGGCCGUCUCAUUCUGUCCCAGCUGAAGGAAGCCACUCAGUCACACCAGGUGGACAGUCAGGGGGUCAACGCCCACAAACCCACCUACUUCAACAGCUACGGCACAAGCAGCAGCGCUGGAGCUCUCAAGCCUGGAUCCUCACCCAGAAAGGUGAACUCUCCUCGUAGGGUGGUUUCCUCCCCCAGAAAACAUCCCCAGUCCCCAAGAGGAGCUAAAAGAGGAGGCCUGGCUCCCACCUCUUUAGCUAACUUCUUCAUGGGUCCACCCGCCGCCAAGGAGACACCGAACACUAAGAAGAAUGAACAAACAGCUGCAUCCAAGAAAGUCGUAAAAGCGAAUGAGUGUGCCAAUAAGCAGAAAGACCCUGCAGUCAAAUCACAAACGGCUAAAGAGAAGAACAAUGAAGACCAGAGCAAGAAGACGGCCACCUCGCUCAUCCUGUUUGAAGAAGUGGAUGUUAUUUUUGAGGACGACUCAGGGUUUCUGGCUGCCAUCAAGACAUUUAUGACCACUACGAAGAGGCCAGUCAUUCUCACUACCAGCGAUCCUGCUUUCAGCACCAUGUUUGAUGGCAACUUUGAAGAGAUCCUUUUCAAAACGCCCUCAGUGCUGGAUGUGAGCAGCUUCCUGCAGCUGUUGUGUCUGUCAGAGGACGUGAGGACGGACCUGUUGGACAUCAGCUCUCUGCUCAGACUCAAUGGAUGUGACAUCAGGCAGAGUUUACUGCAGCUGCAGUUCUGGACUCGCAGUGCAGGAGGCCACGACGUUACCAGGCCGUUGACACACACUGGCAAAAAUGCUGAACUAAAGCCAGAGGCUAAUGAGGAGGCAGUAGGUACGUCUGUGUGUGCAGCGACCGUCCCGUCCUCUCUCCCUCCCUGUGACACCGGCUGCACUCAGAGCAUGCUGGGUUUGCUCAACGUCGAACCUGAGAGAGACAUCUGGGAGCUGCUCAGGAGCCAGAGUCCGGUGGAGGAGAUGUUGUGCUGGGAGCUGCUGACAAACAGCAAGCGACGAGGAGUGGACCUGCUCUAUUCCAACAUGGAGACACUCUUAGCUCUACCACUCACGCUGUUGACUAUCCCUACCUACAAACCAGAGCAAUCUGUUUCUGCAUCACAAGACCCUCCUUCUAUUGAUCCAAAAGAGCUGCCAUCCCACGGCACGUUACUGCACGCGGCAGAGUCGGCGGAUUGCUCGGACGACGGCAGUCCGGUUAAAAUGUCCAACAGAAUGAGGAAGAACAAGAAGAGGCACCAUCUACCUGACCAGGAUGGACUGGACUCGGACUCAGAUGAUGGUUUUCUAUCUCUUUGCAAGCCGCAGGGCGCUCCUCCUCAGGCAAAGGAGGGAGUCAAAGAGCGUAUAGUUUCAGAGGCGGCGAGGAGGAAGCCACUGACUCCUGAGGAGCGCGUAAAAAGUCUCCCAGUCUCCCAGUGUCUAGAAGCAAUAGCUGACUUCUUUGACAACAUGUCGUACAUGGACUCCUCCCUGCUCGUUCAUCCAGAAGGAGGUGACGGUCACAGAAGGAUGACGCCGGUCGGCGCAGUGGUGAAAGACGGGAUGACGGAUGAGUCGAGGGUUGAGACUGACAGAGGGAGUUGGGUGAGAGGGGGUCACUUCCUGGAGAUCCCGGCUGCCGUCGAGGCUCUGAGCUUCCACAAGUGUCGGGUCUUGGUAGCGGAGGCCUGGAGCAAAGCCCAACAACUGGAGAGGGAGCUGGGAAAGGAGGCUGCAGCAGAACUCGCCCUGCCUGUGGCCGCUCAUCGUCAAGGUUACAGCUUCACUCAGGACGGUCCCUGUCAACCACAGCUGGUCCAGCGGAGGAGAGAAGUGAUGGAGAGUCUGAUGUUCAGAGGAGUGUUUGGUACUCUGGGCAACAGACCAGCAGCUGCUCUGGACUACUUGCCGGCCCUUCGCAACAUCUGCAGAUCAGAGCAGCUGAAGGAGCAGGGCAAGGUCAAACGAAGGUUCCUGCACUACCUAGAUGCGAUCCAGCUCGGUCUUGACAAGAGCACUCUGCAGCACCUCGCUGAAGACUUCCCCUGAACCGUCAGACGUGUUCUCACGAUCACACAGAAAGGCCCUUUGAGUGCUCACAUUUAUUAACGUCCAUAUUAGAAUGGAAGAAGUGACACACUUACAGGUUGUGUUGUGACACGAGGAUGAAUAAUCAGGCAGCACUGUACAUCCGCUCUUUAUGAUCCGGCAUGAGAUGAGCUGGUCAGAAGGUUGUGUGUGUGGAGGAGACAAAGGACAGUCUGAAGACGUUUCCAUGUUUCUUCUAAGAUGGAAAUGACUGAACACAGACAUCUCACCUGAAGGGCUCGCAGCUAAAUCACCUCAAACGCUAUCUCGUGGUGCUUUCAAAGAAUGCACUAAAGGUUGUUUUUUGUACAGUAGUGUUUUAUACGUUUGCAUCUUGCAAAAGUGUUUUUAAUCGAGUAGAGAAAUGUAAUUUGAGGAGCGAGUAUGUAUCAUUAAUGAAUUGUAAGGGAUUAACAUGUAAAAUAGAAUUUGUAAAGGUCGUGUGUAAAGUGCCAUCCUCCACAUAAAGUACUGUUGAUUCACUCAGGAUCGAGUUCAAGUGACCCCCCUUAAGUCACCGUCACAUCCAUCACAGUGAUUUUUUUUAUUAUUAUUAUUUGAUAUUUUGUUUUUUUCAGCCUUAAAUAUGUACACACUUAACUCACAGUGGGUUUCUGUUGUGACCAAAUAAAGGUUUAUAACAACUAAAUAGAUGAAUUGUCUCACGGUGUACUGUAUGUGCUGUAUUAUUAAAACUGAACUUCAGUGUGA